CCAAUGAGAUGAAAGUCCCCAGUAGAAAGUUCUCAGUGGUUUGGUUUCUAAAUUCUUUCAAACACCUCGACCCAAGUACCAUGUCAUUUAUGAGGAUGGCUCUACGCUGGAUUCUUAUUUUAUCUUUCAAAAUAAUAUUUUCAGCCCAAGCUGCGGAUUUUAACCGACCAUCGUUUGUCUCCAUGAAGUCUGGAGAACGUGUUACUCUGAACUGCACAUUUCAGGAUGAAUACAGUAAAGAACUUAUUGUUUGGUACAAGCAAACAUUUGGAGAGUUGCCACAGGAAGUGGGGAAAAUUACAGCAAAUAUAGACAUCGAAAUGUCAGCCGAGUUUAGGUCAGGAUUUAAAAUAGAGAAAAGUGUGAAUGGUAUUUCUUUGACAAUCCUACAGACGAAAAAAUCUGAUGAAGGACUGUAUUUCUGUGGAAUAUAUACCUGGGGCAAUUCUGCAAUUUCCAGUGGAACAUUCAUAGCUGUGACAGGUAAACCAGAUUUAAACGUCUCAGUGUUCCAGAGCGGCGUGUCGGACUCGGUUCCUGCAGGAGCGUCAGUGACUCUGCAGUGCUCGGUUCUCUCUGAGAGCAGAUCAGCAGAACUCCAAGUGCUCUGGUUCAGAGCUGCUCCACCACAAUCCCAUCCUCAAAUCAUUUACACUCAUCACAACAGCAGCCAUCAGUGUGAGAGCGGCUCUUCUACACACACCUGUGUGUACAACUUCUCCAAGAACAUCCUCAGCCUCAGUGAUACUGGAACUUACUACUGCGCUGUGGCCGUGUGUGGGAAGAUCAUUUUUGGGAACGGGACACGAGUACAGUUGGCUAUGAAUACAUUCACCGACCAACAUCACAAGGGAUCCGAUUCUGUAGUGAUCUCCCUUGCUGUAGCAUUGGCAGUGUGUGUGGUCGUGAUUUUUGCUCAAGCUAUUUUAAACUGUAAAAAACAAAACUCAGUGAAACUUCCACAAGGUGCUCUGAAAGUAAAUCAGGCCCGUGAUGCCGUGGAGAUGAAUUAUGCUGCCUUAAAUUUCAGUGAGAGGAAAACUAAAAGCGGAAGACCCAAAAAAAGACAACCUCAAGAUACUGUUUAUUCUGAAGUGAUACACACUCCUGUUACUUAGAUGUCUGUUAAUUUACGACUAAUUGUUAUAUCAGAUGUUUGUCUGCUCAAAAGCAAUGUUUGAGCCAAAUCGAUGUAAAAGCAUUCAUUGUCACAUGAAACCAAGUGACAGUGAAAAAUCUUAAACUUUGUCAUGUGAAAAGCCGCCACUGUGUACGAUGCUGCUAUAAUGAUAAUCACAUCUGAAUGUACUUUUUUAACCUGAUUUUUUCAAGCUGUGCACACUUUUAUAAAGUUGAUAAAGUGGUGUGGCCUGUUUAUUUGUGAACUUGUAUAAAUAUUGUUUUCUACAAUGUAACUUCUCCAAAACCAUGUCGUAAUAGUCCAAUCUAGAAGUUAUACAUUUAGCAUGUGCUAGUCUCAUUAUCAUGAUGGGUUGAAUAUGAUUCGAAAAGGAGUUUUAAAUACAUUAUUUAUGCAGCAAUCCAGUUUUGCUGGGCUACAGCGACCUUUUAUUUCACACAGUGGUUAAUAAUGUAAAAUUUAAUUGCUGCGUCUAUUAAUUAAACUUAACAGUGAAGGAUUUAUGGACUAUAUAUAUAUAGGAUAAAUAAUAAGGGGCCUAACACAGAGCCUUGGGUGACACACUUUAUUUUUUUGCUUCUGAAGAAUUUCCAUUUAUACUAACAAACAAUAGCAUUGUAAGUUCGAUCCAUACCAUUGUGUUCCUAAAACCAUUUCAACUGCGAGUAAUCCUUGGGAUUAACAAAAGACCAAAGUGCUCAGAAUUUGUUAUACUGCAACAGGAGAUCACCAAGACACACUGAAACUAAACCAGUUAGACCUUUAGACAUCAUGAGCAGGACUUUGUAAUGAAAGUGUAACUUAGUGGGUAGAUACUGUAGCUUGAAUAUGACUGGGAUAAUGUGCACUGAAUUUAUUUUCCUGGUAAGGUUGCAUUUCUGAACUGGUUGAUGUUGUUAUAUUGUAGACAACCUCUAAGGGCCUCAUUGUGGCCAGAGUGCCCCAGUUUGGUGUCUUUUUGUUCCCCUUUAAUGUAUUGUGUUACAAAUUAAACAUAUUGUGUUAAUUAGAGAUGCACUGAUUAUUGGCCUUCGGCCAUUAGCGGCCAUCGGCCGUUAGUUUAAAAACAUCCGAUGAUCAGGGCCGAUUAUAUCCUGUCAAUAAAAAGUGGGCGGGAAAACACAUUGAUUUCCUGCUGUGUGUCAAGAAGAUGUCUCCUGUGUAGAAUGACGACAAAACUGCAGUUUGUAAUCUCUGUAAGCUAAAAUUUUACACCGGAAGUGAGCAGCGGUGAAGCGGGAUUUUCAGCGUCGAGUCUAUUGUUCUGUUUUGUUUUUUGUCAUGCUGCUCGAGCUGAAUUAAAGGGCCAGUACGCCAUUGAAAGAUUUAAAUGAUGAUGAGUUGACAAAAAAGUAUAUAUUGAACAAAAAAAUAUAUUUGUAGAGUAGUAUAUUUCAUAUCUAGUUAAUGUUAAUAUAUAUAAAAAAAGUUGGUUUUAUAUAUUACCAGUUUGAUGUUCAGUGAUGGAGUAGAAAUGCUUAUGGUGAAUGAAAGUGAGACUAACAGGAGGUUUUUUAGAAUUCAGUCAAUGUUAAUAUGAAUUAAUGACAUUAACUAAUUUAAGAAAUCUUACUUUAAUAUUCAGAAUUUAGUUCAUGUGUUCAUGUUAAUUAGGGUAAUGUGUUUUCUGUUUAUGA